UGGGUGCUGCUGGAGUCACGAGUGGUUUCCGCUGGGUUAUCCUGUGUGUUUAUCUCCUUUUUCUUCCACGUUCAUAAGGGUUGAUACAGCCAGCUACCCCGUGGAGUUUUCACUUUCAGUUUUAAGGUCGCCGUGUUUGUUAGGUUUUUUUUUGUGCUGUUUAAACUAAAAGCAUGAGCGAUAACGAUGACAUCGAGGUGGAAAGCGACGCAGACAAACGAGCACACCACAAUGCAUUGGAACGUAAACGCAGAGAUCAUAUCAAAGACAGCUUUCACAGUUUACGUGACUCCGUACCAUCACUCCAGGGCGAAAAGGGGGGAGGAGCACUAGGACUCAGCCUCGUGUUGGUCGGGCAGGCUGCGCCGCGGUCCAGAGGUAGAGCUCCGGGUCUGCAGGCGGGCGGAGCAUCCCGUGCCCAAAUCUUAGAUAAAGCCACAGAGUACAUUCAGUAUAUGAGGCGGAAAAACCACACACAUCAACAGGACAUCGACGACCUGAAGCGACAGAAUACUCUGCUCGAGCAGCAAGGUAAGGUACGUGCAUUGGAAAAGGCACGGGCAGCUGCUCAGCUACAAGCCAACUUUUCAUCCUCUGACAGCAGUUUGUACACCAAUCCCAAGGGCAGUGCAGUUUCUGCUUUUGACGGGGGUUCUGACUCGACUUCAGAGUCGGAAACUGAAGAACCGCAGACCAGAAAGAAACUGCGAAUGGAGGCAAGCUGAGUCUGUUCAGGCAAUAAACUGGCUGGUUUUUACUAGGGAUUCUUGUGUAUAGCUAUACUUUUCAGUUUGUCUUCUGUCAGACCCCUUUGUGCUAUAAGGAUCAUAACAAGAUGCUGCUAAAUGGAUAGCUUCUUGUUUCAUCAGUAGAAGGAGUCCCUGCUCUUCCUCGAAGUUACAAAAUGGCAGCUGUCAAACUAUUAAGGACUCCGUCUUCUGCGAAAGGAACUUUGCAGUAGUUCUUAAGACUUAUUCACGUGGCAUCCAGUGGACAAAAAGAUUAGUCUCAAUGAUAUGCUAUUGAAAGAAUAAGGAAGCAAGGCACAUGUUAUUUGAUGUUGUUAAUCUGUACAGUUGUAUUUCAAACUAUUUGCUGAUAUGACUAGUUUUUAAAUCUUGUUUUGAGAGCUUUUUUCUUUUAUUCAAUUAUGAAACGUUCACUGAAACUUGGCUUUAAAGUCUGACUUUAGUCAAGUUGCAUUUCAUUUUUUCCCGCUGUGUUUAAGAUUAAAGUACUCAAAUAUUCUGUGCCUUGAAUUACUUUUGUGACGCUACAAAAAAAAUGAUGGAACAGCUUAAGUGCCCCUAAAAGAAUGUUUGAUGAUACUGAAAUGGCAACUGUCAGUACAUCCAAAAAGGGUAUGUUAAGUUUAUGUUUUAGCAGGUAAUGAAAUAAUUGUAUUUAAGCCUUGGUCUGCAUAAUACAAAAUUACAUUGAUUUACAAAACUGCUAAUUAUUGAUGUUUGAACAAUCAACUGGCUGUCAGGCACCGUUCAGGCUGUGUCAGGGGUGUGUACAUUUGUCUGUCUCUGCUUUUCAAUUACUGGUCUAAGCUUAAACUAGGUUGUAGUAUUACGUAGAUUUGUCUCUUUGUUGUUAUUUGAUUUCAUUCCAUGGAAAUUACAGGUAUGUUGUACAUACUGCCAAGAAAUGUCUUGCAAGUUGAGGCUGACCUUUACUAUGAGACUAUAAAUAAAAACUAUUUUAUCCUUGU